GUCUUCCUGUCUACAGCAAGGGUGCACUUUGCCAGACGAUGAUCACUGGUUUGUCCACCACAAGGAGAGUCCAAGCGCUUUCAGAGUUCUCGGAGAAGUUGAACAGCAGCACCACCAAGGAGUUGAUCUAUCCUGAGAACAACGGGAAGGCAACGGAGGCAGACGGCCAUUUCAAGAAUUGGUUGAUCUCCGUGCAGAACUCCUUGCAGUCUCUCAACAUAGUUAGGGCUCCCAUUCCAACACCCAGAAUCAGCAUCACAAGGGCUGGAUCGCCCACUCUCACUGAGAAGCAGCAGCAGUGCAAGCCGUUGAAAAAGUAUCUUGAAAGUGAUCAAGGCACCAAGGACGGGGUUGGACACAAGAAGCAACAAUAA